UUCCCUGGAGACGGCCGGGAAGGCCAAGCUUCCUGCUGGAGCUCCGGUGGCCUCUUCUGGGGCCGGGGCUGGGGGCCAGGCAGAAAAGAAACCAUCUUCCUGCUGGAGACUCGAGACUCGCAGUGGACCAGGCAGAUUACAUGACCACUGUCCCCUGAGGAGAUGGGGAAAAAGCUGGUGAUGGCCCAGAAGCGGGGAGAGACCCGAGCCCUCUGCCUGGGAGUGGCCAUGGUGGCGUGUGCCGCCAUCACCUACUACAUCCUGGCCACAACCGUGCUGCCCCUCUACCAGAAAAGCGUGUGGACCCAGGAAUCCACGUGCCGUCUGAUUGAGAGCAGCAUCAGGGACCAGGAGGAGCUGGAGGGCAGGAAGGUACCCCAGUUCCCAUGUCUAUGGGUCAACGUGUCGGCUGUGGGCAGGUGGGCUGUGCUGUACCACACAGAGGACACUCGGGACCAGAACCAGCAGUGCUCUUACAUCCCAGGCAGCCUGGACAACUACCAGGCGGCCCGGGCCGACGUGGAGAAGGUCCGAGCCAAUUUCCACGAGCACCAGGUUUUCUACUGCUUCUCGGCGACUCAGGAGAACGAGACCAGCGUCCUGUACCGGCGCCUCUACGGGCCCCAGGCCCUCCUCUUCUCCCUCUUCUGGCCCACCUUCCUGCUCACCGGUGGCCUCCUCCUCAUCGCCAUGGUGAAGCUCAACCAGUCCCUCUCCAUCCUGGCGGCCCAGAAGUAGGCGUGUCCAUGCCACGCCACCACCUGGGGGGUGGGUGAGUCCCCGGGGCUGCUCCCUGCUUGUCCACCCAGGCCAGCUCCCCAUGCUCUCCCACUCUCUCCCGUCAGUCCAUCCUGUUUUCCACUGAAUGGAUGACUUUGGGAAAAUUUCUUUAUUAAGUCGUUUCCUGCUCAAGAAUGCACAAUGGCUCCCUAGUGCCUUGGAGGACACAAGGUGAGCCAGUUAGAGUUCUAUUACCUAUCCCCACUCAGCUGACUGGUUCCUAUGGUACCACCAUCCACCCCACAAAUUACAGUGAUUCUCACCUCUGUGUCUGUGUUCUUGCUGUUGGCUCAAAAGCCUGCCCAUCCCACCCAGGAAGCCAUCUUUGGCAUACAUCAGUUCCUUCACUGGAUUCCAUAACAAAAACCAACAGCAGCUACCAUUUAUAGAGCACAUUUAGAAUAUUGCAUUUCCCCCCAGAUACUAAAGGCUAUAUACAUCUUAUUGCAAUAAUAACAAAAAUAUGUAAAUAACAAAAGGCCGUAAGGAAAUAUAGCAAAAUGCAUUAAAAUAUUGACAGCGAUAACAGGCG